AUGGGUCGCUGGGGACACUGCCUCUUUGGCCAUGAUGCUGCCAUCGGACACGCCAUCAAGAUCAUCAAGGAUAUUACGCAGGGCGAUGACCGCCAAUUCGCCCACAUGGUGGACCGGGUUCUUGUCGGAAGCCCACUUGGAGUCCUCGGUUACUACGCCGAGGAGUACAGUCUCCUUGAGAAGAUUCAGGGUCAGGUGGAUGAGUCCGUGGUAAGUGUUGCGAUGGCGCCCCUCGCUGACUGUGGUUUCCGCGGCCCCGGAAAGCGACAGUUCCUCUCGGCUCUGGACAACUACCAGGCUGGCAAGCCCAGAUCAUUCCACCAGCCAAGCUGUCAUGGUUGUGGAAAAGUUGACAGCGACAUCAAGGCCGAGGGGAAGACCCUUCUGAAGUGCGGCGGAUGCAAGAACGAGAUAGCCGCCGCUUGGUUCUGUGACAAGGACUGCCAGAGAGGGUUGUGGAAGCACCACAAGCGCAACUGCGGUGCUCCUCUCGGACAUGGGAUUGCUACCUAUCAGAUAUACGGCAAGUGUACCUUGGGCUUCAACAUCUACGAGGGUGCCAAUGUGUGA